AUGAUUUUAAGAACAGAAAAACCAGCAAAUCUUGAAAAUGCGACUGCAAUUGUUUUACGAAACAAUCACUUAGAUCAGAGACUCGCUAGAUUUAAAAAACCACACAGACCCACUCAAUUUCAAAAUAACAAUCAAAGAGUUAACAACUCUUUUACGUCACAAAAACAAAAUUUUCCAAAUAGACAAACCAAUAUAAACCGAAACUAUUCCCCUGCAAUAAACCCCAAUCGUGCAAAUCAUUCUUUUAACUCUUUCCCAAAUACAUCGUAUCAAAGACCGACUAACACAACCAAUAAUUGGCCAAGCCAACCGAUCAACAUUAACCCCCGGCCAGUAAAGACAAACUUCCCAACAAAUCAACAAGUUUUUGGUAAACCCACUCAAAAUGUUUGGGCUCCAAAAAAUUCGAAUAAACCAAAUUACACACCCACACCCAUGACAACACAAACUCGACUUACACAACGACCCAAUGUACCACAAAACACACAACAUCAAACUCAAGGUUAUAGAUCUUUUAAUACUAAUAAUAAUUAUUUUAAAAACAACAAUCAACCACGUAAUUUUCACUCCGAAGAACUAUUUAACAACGAAUACAGUAACUUCUUGACCAACGAACCACAAGAAGAUCAAUACGACAAUGAUUACGACUACUCAGACGAUAUACAAGAUGACUAUUACGACGAUCAUUGCGAAAACCAACACACGGAUAACUAUAAUAACUAUUCAGAAGACGGAAAUAACUCGUGCGAAAACAAUUCAAAUUUUCAUCAGGUUACGACAAACGACCAACAAACUUAA